CAGUCUUAGUCCACGCACGCCUGCCCUUUCUUUGUUUUUCUCCUAAUUUAUUUCUCUCUUUCUUUACAAAAUAUUUCUCUGAACCGACCUUGUUAACCCACUUAAAUUAACCGAAAAGCAACAAGAAGUCAAUUUAAAAGAGAUAUGCUUCAAUGGGAGACGUACUUGUGCUGGUGGCAGUUUCCGUAGGAGCUCUGUCAAUCCUUUUGAUCAUGUUCAUUUGGCGAUGGUGUUGCUACAAGCAACCUAAGGAAUUUAUUGAUGACAAUGAAACUAGACGAGAAAGUCUUCAACUUGGGAUUGCCCAAGUUCAUCAAUCGACUCUGCAUAAUCAUCUUGAUUUGGAUAGCAAUAGAAAAGGAAGCUAUUAUGUUUUUCGCCGGGGCGUUCCGACGAAGCCUUUGUUCAACUGGGCUGAUCAUCCGGCGCUUGUUACAGACGCUGUUGAAAAUGGAUGGUCCAGAUUUGGGUUCACAAACUACACGUCGUCAUCUCCAUCAUCUCGGUCAAGCCUGUUAGGAUUAUGUGCAGUCAGUGAUUCUGGAAGAGAAACGCAAACUGACAUAAGCUGGGAAGUAUGCCAGGGAUCAGCUGAUUUUAUGCAAAAGAUUAGGCUAAAUUCAGGGUUGAAGAAUGUCAACAUAAAUAAUCCUUCUAUGUCUGCUGCUUCUGUUAUUAGAACUGCUUUGCCUCUGCCAGGGCCACCCUUGGUAAACUCAGCUUUCCCUCAAGAGGCAUUUUUUGAAAUCACAAUUCUACAUUCUUGCGACGCCCAUGAAUCAAUUGGAAAGUUCAGAGAAGGUGAGAAGAUAAAACUCAUCCAAGAAAAUUCUAAUGAAAAUGCUAAUUCAGAAUCUCUAGUCCACGUUACCAGCACGCAUAAUAUAAACAAGAUUGAAGAAUUGAAGCUUGCUGGAAAAGAUGAUAGCAAAGGUGAAGCAGUUAUGUUAUCUUUGGGACUCACUGCUGGCGGCUCCCUUCCUCUGAGACUCCCAGGAAGCUAUCAAGGAUCAAUCGGAUUCAACUCUAACGGGUCUGUGUAUCUUGAUGGAAUUAAGCUAGCCUUUGAAUCCGAAAAGACGGAAUGGGGAAGAGCAGAUAAGGUGAUUGGAUGUGGGUUUGAUCCAGGGCAAAAGAAGGUGUUUUUCACAGUGGACACAGAGCUUGUGCAUGUAAUACAUUGCAAGUCUGAGGAAUUUGGGUCUCCUUUGUAUCCAACAAUUGCAGCAAAUUACGAUGUUAUGGUGCUUGUCAAUUUUGGACAAAGCGCCUUCACAUAUGCACCAGCAAAUGCUCAAAGGACAUCAAAUCCCUGCUUCAUUGGCCCUCUUGUAAAUUCCCCAGCUGCUGCUCUUGGAUAUGAAGAUAGCAAAGAGCUUUUCUCCAUGGGAAGAAUUGACUCUCAGUGGCUUAACCGAUCCACAACCAAAGCCGGAAAUGGCCCAGGCAAUCAUGAUAGAAGAUCAGAUUUUGAUGAGGAGUCUGAGGCUGAUUUGUUUGAAAUUGUUUUGGAUAGAACUGGAAGAUCCCCAAACGAGGCGUUGUACCUACAAGAAUGAUCGACAGAUUUUGGCGUUGGUGCCAUCCAGUUAGUCUUGUUUUUGGUUUGGAUCUUGUGGUUCUUGUGCAUAUGACUCUUCACAUCAACUUUAUCUUCCAAAUACAUAGACGGAGAAUCAUACUUCUACAGAGAGAAAAUCAAGCAUUCAUUUCUUUAUACAUACUCGAUACCAAUGUUUAAUUAAACAUGCCAAUUUAUUGAUCUUUUUAAUAUGCCUUCUCACACAAUAAAUAAAGGUCCGUUGUGAAAUUCUUUUUCUG